UAAAUUUUGUAUAAAAUUCUCUUAUGUAAAUGUUUUUGUUAUUCAAUAUGACUUCCUUUUGUUUUAUUUCCUCUAAAACAGGACGUUUUAAUAAUCAGGAUCUAAGUCAAUGGUCAGUAUAUAUCCGAUUAGGAAUCCUCUCCUUAUCUGGUUUGGAUUUAUUUUAGGGUGGCAACCUCUAUGUAUACAUGAAGUUUGUUGUAGUGAAGCAACAGUGGUAACUACAGAAAUGUCAUGUACCUCCACCACUUCCAUCGUCUCUGUGAAGCUGGAAUACUCCUGCAGCAAGAAUACCACCACCAUCAACACGAAAGCUCGAGAUUGGACGCCCAUGGAUGAUGAUAUUGAGAUUUAUCUUAGUGAGUUUCUAGACAAAUACCCAACACCCAGAAAAGAAGUUGAUGCCUUCAUUCACAAGAUCCUUCAUGACUCAACUCCAAGAAAGAGCAGGCUGCCUGUAUUCUCUGAGAUUUGCGUAGAGAAUAUGUAGUUUAUUAAUAUUAGUCUGUUCAGAAGAAAUUUUUUGUAGAUUUUGUUUGGUCUCUGAGGAAAUAUUGGUCGUGAAAGAAGUGUAGCUUUCUUCGUCUGGGAAUUAUAUAAUGUGCUUACAAUCGUGCUUGUGUCGAUCUGUUCUUUACUCUCUGUUUGGUUAUUGAGAAAAUAUGCGGAAAUAAAAUUAUUUUAUCUC